AGCAACUCACAUGGCGCUCGCAGCCCGUGACGGACAACCCUAAAACAAAGAACAUGUUCGUGUUCUACUCCUUCUCCCUGCACAACAAAACACACCCCUUCAAUUGAUUCACAUACAGAUUCAGCAACAGUUCUUCGACUUUCCCGCCAAACAAAUUUUAUUUUGGCCCCAUUUCUUUAAUUUUUUUUUUUUCUCAACUACCAUCGCACCACGUUUUGAUCCCCUUUUCUGCUAUAAAUACCCAUUUCCAUGGCGUCUUUACUUCAACACAUUCGUUUUACAUCAACCCUUUUUCCUUUUCGUCGUUCUUCUCUGUUGUUUCGUUUUUCUUCUCUUCCUUCUUUACAUCGUUCUUCUUGUUCUUUGAGUCGCGGGUUUUCGUCGGUUUGUUCUGUUUCUAAUUGUUCUUCUUCGCCGGUUGCGGCAGCGGUGGUUAAGAGUAGUAGAUCGGAAGAGAAGAAGAAGGAGGUUACCAUGACGGUUGGUGCUGGAAUCACUUUGUCCGAUGGGAAUUUGACGGUUUUGGGAAAUCCUGUUUUGUCCGAUGUUCAUAAUAAUAUCACCGUCACGCCGGCGCCUGGCGGCGGUGUGAUGAAUGGAGCCUUCAUUGGAGUUAACUCCGAUCAGAUCGGUUCUCGCCGCGUUUUUCCUGUUGGGAAACUGAUUGAUUUGAGAUUCUUGUGUGCUUUUCGAUUCAAAUUGUGGUGGAUGACUCAAAGAAUGGGAACUUCCGGCCAAGAAAUUCCAUUCGAGACUCAGUUUAUGGUGGUGGAAGCUCGGGACGGCUCGAACUUCACCGGAAAUGCAGAGGGCGCCGCCGUUUACACGGUGUUUCUUCCUAUUCUUGAAGGCGAUUUCAGAGCUGUGCUUCAGGGGAAUGACAAUAAUGAGCUUGAAAUCUGCUUAGAAAGUGGCGACCCCGCCGUAGAUGGGUUCGAGGGUAGCCAUUUGGUCUUUGUGGGUGCUGGAUCAGAUCCAUUUGAAACCAUUACAUAUGCAGUGAAGUCUGUUGAGAAACAUUUGCAGACAUUUGCUCAUCGUGAUAGGAAGAAGAUGCCUGAUAUCUUGAACUGGUUUGGCUGGUGUACGUGGGAUGCUUUCUACACCGAGGUCGAUUCAGAUGGCGUGAAGAAGGGGCUCGAGAGCUUUGAGAGUGGGGGAAUUCCUCCGAAGUUCGUCAUUAUCGACGAUGGAUGGCAAUCGGUCGCUAAGGAUUCGGCUAGCGCUGAUUGCAAAGCUGAUAACACGGCGAACUUUGCAAACAGGUUAACAAACAUAAAAGAGAAUUACAAGUUUCAGAAAGAUGGGAAGGAGGGUGAGCGAGUUGAGGAUCCCGAGCUCGGUCUCCAGCACAUGGUGUCCUACAUGAAAGAAAAGCACGCGACGAAGUAUGUCUAUGUGUGGCACGCCAUAACGGGCUACUGGGGUGGUGUGAGUUCUGGAGCUAAGGAAAUGGAGCAGUUUGAAUCUAAGCUGGCAUACCCUGUUGCGUCGCCUGGGGUCGAUUCGAACGAGCCAUGUGAAGCUUUGAAUAGCAUCACCAAAACUGGACUUGGCCUUGUGAACCCUGAAAAGAUCUUCAACUUCUACAAUGAACAACACUCAUAUCUUGCAUCUGCUGGUGUUGAUGGAGUUAAGGUCGAUGUUCAAAAUAUCCUCGAGACGCUUGGGGCAGGCCAUGGUGGAAGAGUUAAACUUGCUAGAAAAUACCACCAGGCUCUCGAGGCAUCGAUUUCUCGGAACUUUCGGGACAAUGGGAUCAUUUCGUGCAUGAGCCACAGUACUGACGCUUUAUACAGUUCGAAGCGGAAUGCUGUUAUUAGAGCAUCGGACGAUUUCUGGCCAAGAGAUCCGGCGUCUCACACGAUUCAUAUAGCAUCAGUUGCUUACAACUCCUUAUUUCUUGGGGAGUUUAUGCAGCCAGACUGGGAUAUGUUCCAUAGUCUUCAUCCUAUGGCCGACUAUCAUGGAGCAGCCCGAGCCGUGGGAGGAUGUGCUAUAUAUGUCAGCGACAAACCCGGUCAACACGACUUCAAUCUCUUGAGGAAGCUUGUGCUCCCUGAUGGUUCUAUCCUGAGAGCAAAGCUCCCCGGAAGACCGACAAAGGAUUGUCUGUUUAUGGAUCCUGCUAGAGAUGGAAAAAGUCUUCUGAAGAUCUGGAAUUUGAAUGAUCUUUCGGGAGUCGUCGGAGUUUUUAACUGCCAAGGAGCAGGAUGGUGUAAGGUUGGAAAGAAGAAUCUGAUUCACGACGAAAACCCCGACACGAUCACAGGGGUUAUUCGGGCUAAAGACGUUAGUUACCUGUCGAAGGUUGCAGGCAAUGGCUGGACAGGGGAUGCAGCCAUAUUCUCCCAUCUUGCUGGAGAAGUAGUCUACCUACCACAGGACGCGUCGAUGCCAAUAACCUUGAAAGCUCGGGAAUAUGAAAUCUUCACUGUUGUUCCUGUCAAGGAGCUGGCCAACAGCAUCAAGUUUGCUCCCAUAGGUUUAAUCAAGAUGUUCAACUCAGGAGGAGCUGUGAAAGAACUGCACCAUCAGCCUGAAAGUUCGAAUGUAUCGUUGAAAGUCCGUGGUUCGGGGCCAUUUGGGGCGUAUUCGUCGAGCAAACCGAAGCGAGUGGCAGUGGACUCGGAGGAGGUAGAGUUCGGAUAUGACGAGGAGUCUGGUUUGAUCACCAUUGAGUUGAGGGUACCAGAGAAAGAGUUGUAUCUUUGGGACAUCACCAUUGAACUAUGAGAACAAACUUGAAACCAGUAAUUCAUUUUUUAAUAUCUCUAAAAGGGUGAGGGGGCUUCUGUGUUGCUGACGAGGAUCUGGAUGGAAUUUUUUUUAAUAUGAUUUUUUGUGUAACCCUUUUAUAGACCCACUUGAAAGAAAUAACACGAGUUUUGGUCAUUGCAUU